AUGGUCAUGGCCACCACCCGUCCCCUCGUCGCCUCGCUGGCACCCACCCUGCGGCGCACAGUCGUGCACCACGCCCGCCCCCCUCGUGUCCCUAUUAUUUCGGGUCCUCACGUCGAGCACGCCCCGCGCAAGACAGAAGGCACCAACACUGCGCGUCCCCAGGCGCUCGCGACCGAGUCCGACAUUCCCGCUUCCUCCUUCACCACCCCGUCGUCGUCCAAGCUCGAGGGCGACCUGACGUUCCACCACGCACCCCCUCCCACCGCUCCCAGCUACACCACCGGCGCCAAGCCCGCCCUCCUCCGUUGGAUCGAUGGCGAGGGCGUCGCCGUCACGGGCGAGGAGCAUGCGCCGCUCCGCCGUGCCGAGCUGCCCCGCGGUGUCGGCCUGCCCUUCUCCGAGGAGCAGGUUGGGCAGAUCACCCAGCUCCGUGCUGCUGGCCGGUCACGUGGAGAGAUUCUCAAGAAGCUCAAGCUUCCCAAGGAGCAGAAGCACUUGAUCAGCCGUGUGGCCCGUAGCUCGCCGGAGCGUCUCGCCAUUGAGGCCAACCGCGUCGAGGAGCAACAGGCCAACUGGCCCAACAAAAAGGCGACCGCUCGUGCCGUCCGCGAGCGUCGCAAGGACUUCUGGUAA